AUGUCGGUCGAUCGUCGACAUCGAGCGAUGGGAACGGGCGCGCGGCGAGGACGGCGGACGGGGACGGCGACGGCGACGCGCGCGGGAUGGGCGCUCGCGCUGUGCGUCCUCGCGCGCGCGUGCGCGCGUGGACGGGCGUUCAAGGGGCAGGAUUUUAAGACGUGCGAGACGAGCUCGUUUUGCGCGCGACUGCGGGACGGCGUCGCGAGAGACGACGAUCGGAAUCACGUCCUGGGACACGGCGUGGACGUUCGAGCGGUCGUGCGGUCGAAGAGCGCGCGAGUGGUGGAGUUGGACGUGGUGAACGUGGGCGCGGUGGGGGAGGAAGGCGACGCGCGCGCGCGGGUGGCGGUGGAGGCGUUUGGCUCUGGCGCGAUUCGCGUGCGCGUCGAUGACGUUCAGAAGCCGAGGUACGUCCCGAAGGACGUGUUGGUGCGAGAGGUCGAGUUCGAUGUGAGCGCUCGGGCCUUGCUGGCGGUGACGGAAAGCGCUGGGGAGGUGAUGAUUGAGGCUCGGGAGACUGGCGCGCGCGCGCGCGUGCGCCUGCAGCCGUUCGCGGUGGAGGUGUUCGCCCCGGGAUCGGGGUCGAUUCCGAGCGCUGUGUUCAACAAGCGCGGUGGGUUCGCGAUGGAGCUCGCACGCGAGGAGAGCGGGGAGUGGUCGGAGACGUUCAAUGGACACACAGACACGCGCAAGGGCGGUCCAACGGGCGUCGCGUUUGACGUAACCUUUCCCUUCGCGAGCGACGUGUACGGCAUUCCAGAGCGCGCGACCUCGCUGAGUCUGAAAUCCACACGUCAGUACGAGAGCGCGAGUAAGGGUUGGUUCAAGGGCGGCGGCGCAGCGAGUGAAUCCGAGAGAAAUGAAAGCACGCUUGGAGAACCAUACAGAAUGUACAAUCUCGACGUGUUUGAAUAUCUCGACGAUAGUCCGUUCGGUUUGUAUGGCUCGAUCCCGAUGAUGACGGCGCAUGGUAUCUCUAGAUCGAGUGAGACGAUCACUUCCGGCGUGUACUUUCACAAUCCGAGCGAGAUGUACGUGGACGUCAACGUCGAUGGCUCGAACGGAGUUCACACCAAGUGGAUGGCUGAAAGCGGCGCAAUUGACGUGUUCAUUCUUCCUGGCACGACGCCGGGAAAAGUUCUACAGCAGUACACGGCGUUGACGGGGACGACGUCCAUGCCUCCUUUGUUUUCUCUCGGUUAUCACCAGUGUCGAUGGAAUUACCGUGACGAGAACGACGUGAAGGAAGUCGACAAGGGGUUCGACGAGCACGACAUUCCGUACGACGUCCUGUGGCUCGACAUCGAGCACACCGACGGUAAGCGUUACAUGACGUGGGAUAAAGCGGUGUUCCCGACGCCUCAACGUAUGAUCGAAGACUUGUCCAGCCGUGGGCGCAAGAUGGUGACAAUUGUGGAUCCGCACGUGAAAAGAGAUGAAGCGUAUCCCAUUUACAAGGAGGCGAAGGACAAGGGAUUUUAUGUCAAGAAGAACGAUGGCAACACGGAUUUCGACGGGUGGUGCUGGCCGGGCAGUUCGUCGUAUUUGGAUGUGACGAAUCCGGACGUUCGCGAAUGGUGGGCGGGUAAGUUUUCGUUGAAUUCGUACGAGGGAUCGACCAAGGAUUUGUACAUUUGGAACGACAUGAAUGAGCCAUCCGUGUUCAACGGCCCGGAGAUCACGAUGCAAAAGGACUUGAUACAUCACGGUGGCGUCGAGCAUCGCGACGUGCACAAUGCUUUUGGCAUGUACUACCACAUGGCCACCGCCGAAGGGCUGAAGCGACGUAAUGACGGCAACCGACCGUUCGUUCUCUCGCGCGCGUUCUUUGCUGGAACGCAACGCGUCGGUCCGAUUUGGACGGGUGAUAACGCUGCGGAUUGGAAACACCUCGCGGUGAGUCUUCCCAUGGUGCUCACGCUUGGGGUGAGUGGUCUAACGUUCAGCGGUGCCGAUGUCGGUGGAUUUUUCGGAAACCCCGACGCGGAGCUCAUGACGCGUUGGUAUCAAGUCGGCACGUACUACCCGUUCUUCCGCGGCCACGCGCACUUGGAAACGAAACGCAGAGAGCCGUGGCUUUUCGGGGAGGAGAACACGGCGAUCAUUCGCGAUGCGAUUCGCGAGCGUUACGCGUUACUCCCUUACAUUUACACCCUUUUCGAGGAAUCUCACCGAACAGGCGCUCCUGUGAUGCGCCCGCUUUGGUACGAAUUCCCAGCCGACGCCGACGUGCUCAAGACGCAAGACGCAUUCAUGUUGGGAACGGCGAUGUUGAUUCGGCCGGUGUUGGAACAAGGCGCGAAGAGUGUCUCGGUGUAUCUUCCAAAGGGAAUCUGGUACGAGAAGCGAUCUGGAGUUCGACACGUCGGUCCGAAGAGUUUCGAUGUCGCGGUGUCGCUCAGCGAUGUUCCCGUCUUCCUUCGCGGUGGUACGAUUUUCGUGCGCAAGGAUCGGGCGCGUCGGAGCACCACAGCGAUGCGAGGAGAUCCACUCACCGUCAUCGUCGCUCUCGAUGAAAAUGGUCGAGCGAGCGGAACAUACUAUGCGGACGACGGCGAGAGUUAUGAGUUUGCGUCGAAGAAAUCCGCGUUCAUGAGACGAAGGCUCACGUUUUCGAACAACGAGUUCAACGUUGCCGGCGCCGGUGCCGAGGACGGAAACGCCGGUGACGCGAAAUCAUUCAUCGAUCACUCGCUCAUCGAGCGCGUGACGGUGCACGGCUUGUCGGCGACGGGUGACGUCGCGACGUGCGCCGCGACUCGAGACUCUUUCGACGUCGUGCGCGUCGGCGCGGUAGCCAACAUCAGGCGACCGAAUCUGCCCAUCUCGCGAGACUUUACGAUCGCGGUUCAAUAG